CUCGGCUUCUGAUAGAAAGUGGGAUGAUGAAUGGUCGGUCUUAGAGAGAGCGAUGGCAAUAGGUCGGUUUGACAACACAAGGUCAAGGGGUCAACAAUUGAAUUGAGAUGGGACUAGUCGCUCUGGCCAUGUUCUCUCCAUAUUUCUGCGUUGGGAGUUGUGAGGGAAUACAAGCACACGUUGCUAGCUGCUGCCCUCAAAUUUUUCUGGUAUUUUCUUGUUCAUUGAACACCGAGAUAUAUGGAAUUCUUGUGCAAAACUAUAGCCGCGCUACCCGCCAAUCGCCACGCUAUUGUCACCCUUCCUGGCUGCAAUGGGUGGUAUCCUCACGACUAUUUAGCUGAGAGCUUUCUAUCCCCCUGGACUCCACUCUAGCACUUCCUCCAGUCGCAUCUUGACUCGCCGCAAUCAGCGCAAGUUAUCACCCUCAAGUAGCAGCCAAGCAACUUUU